AAUUUCUUUCCAAUAAUGAGCUUCUUCCCAAAUUGGUUAAUGAGUGUUUUUAAAGCCAUGCUAAAUUAAAGAAAUCCAAUUUUCUCACUAGUAUUUUGUAGUACAUGGGUUCAGAGAGACUCUGUGGGGUAUCUAGAAAGGUUCUACACAUAAAUUGGAUUUAAUUGUUCAAAGAGUUACUGGAGCUUUCUUUAAUCAGAAUGGGAAUAUGGAUAAGCUGAGGUCUUACAGAUCUGUGGUACUUAAGGGAGAAAAUUAACAGUGUGUCUCAUAGCUGUUAGUUGAUAGAGGGAAAGGCAAACUAGCGUUGUGAAACUUGUUGGUUAAAUUCUUUUCUCCUCCUAUAGAUUCAUAGUGUUUCCUUCUGAUAGAUCAUCUUGCCUAUGUUGUAAAGCUCUUUGGCUGAUAUGGAUGACAAAGAUAUUAACAAAGAACUAAGGCAGAAAUUAAACUUUUCCUGUGUUGAAGAAGAGACUGAGAAUGAAGGGCUGAAGAAAGCACAAGUGAACAGCGAGGCCCAGAACCAAAUUCCAGAGAAGGGUGAAGUUCAGGACUUGGAGGCAAAGCUCACGCCACCCAGGACUCCCUUUCAUAGACGUGAAUUUGACACAUCUCAGGAAACAGAUAAAGACAGUCCAGAUCAGAUUUUGAGGACUCCAGAGUCACACCCUUUCACAUGUCCUGAGACACCAGCCCAACCCGACAAAAGGAACAAGCCGCCACACGGUGACAGCCCCUCUACUCCCAAAAGCACACUGAGCCACUUGGUGAUUUCUCCAGCAGGGAAGUUUCCCUCCAAAGGCUGUAAGCAUUUGAAGCUCACACCUGUUCCCCUCAGGAAUGAGAUGGCCUCAUUGGCUCUGGUCAAUAUUAAUCCCUUCACUCCAGAGUCCUACAGAAAAUUAUUCCUUCAAUCCAGUGGCAAGAGGAAAAUCCGAGGAGAUCUUGAGGAAGCUGGUCCAGAGGAAUGCAAGGUUCAACAAGGGCUGCCUGCCAAGAGAUGUGUGCUACGAGAAACCAACAUGGCUUCCCGCUAUGAAAAAGAAUUCUUGGAGGUAGAAAAAAUUGGGGUUGGUGAAUUUGGUACAGUCUACAAGUGCAUUAAGAGGCUGGAUGGAUGUGUUUAUGCAAUAAAGCGCUCUAUGAAAUCUUUUGCAGAAUUAUCAAAUGAGAAUUUGGCUUUGCAUGAAGUUUAUGCUCAUGCAGUGCUUGGGCAUCACCCCCAUGUAGUGCGUUACUACUCCUCAUGGGCAGAAGAUGACCACAUGAUCAUUCAGAAUGAAUACUGCAAUGGUGGGAGCUUGCAAGGUGCUAUAGCUGAAAACGCUAACUCUGGUAAUCAUUUCCAAGAGCCAAAACUCAAGGAUAUACUUCUACAGAUUUCCCUCGGACUUAAGUAUAUCCAUAAUGCUGGCAUGGUGCACAUGGACAUCAAACCCAGUAACAUCUUCAUUUGCUACAGGAUGCAAGAUGACUCCCCUGGAGUCUUAGAAGAAGUUGAAAAUGAAGCUGAUUGUUUUCUCUCUACUAAUAUGAUAUAUAAAAUUGGUGACCUGGGUCAUGUGACAUCAAUAAGCAAACCCAAAGUAGAAGAAGGAGACAGUCGCUUCCUGGCUAAAGAGAUUUUGCAAGAGGAUUAUCAGCACCUUCCCAAAGCAGACAUAUUUGCCUUGGGAUUAACAAUUGCGGUGGCUGCGGGAGCUGAGGCAUUACCCACCAAUGGUGAUGCAUGGCACUGUAUCCGAGAGGGUAAUUUUCCCGACAUUCCUCAGGAACUCUCAGAAGACUUUUACAGUCUGCUCAAGAUUAUGAUCCACCCUGAUCCAGGAGAGAGACCUUCUGCAGUAGCUCUGUCCAGAAGUCGAGUUCUCCGGCCCUCCCUGGGGAAAGCUGAAGAGCUCCAGCAGCAGCUGAAUUUGGAAAAGUUCAAGACAGCCACACUGGAAAGGGAACUGAGAGAAGUCCAGCAGGCCCAGUCCCCCCAGGGAGAGAUCCACCAUGGGGACCCUGGGGUCUCUGAGGCCCACACAGGAUCAACAAGCAUGCGCCUGGUGGGAGGAAAGAGCACAAAGUCUUCAAGCUUUACCUGUGAGUAA